GCAGCCUCGCCCCGCCCCCCCGACCUAAUCCCAGCCGGGGCGCCCUCAGGCGCCGGCUCUCUAGCGCGCCCGACCUCCACUCUCCCGGGGCCGCGCCGCGCGCGCGCCGGCUUUGGGCGGGACCCUGCAGAGGCGGCGGGGCUCCUCCUCCCGCUGCUCCUCGGCCUCCCCUUCGGGCGCUCUCGCGCUAACUGUGCUCCUCCGGGGCCCUCCGCCUGCUCCCAGCCAUGGUGGCCUGGCGCUCAGCGUUCCUUGUCUGCCUCGCUUUCUCCUUGGCCACCCUGGUCCAGAGAGGAUCUGGGGACUUUGAUGAUUUUAACCUGAAGGAUGCAGUGGAAGAGACUUCCUCAAUAAAGCAGCCAUGGGAUCACACCACCACCACCACCACAACCAAUAGGCCAGGAAUCACCAGAGCUCCAGCAAAACCUCCAGGUAGUGGAUUUGACUUGGCUGAUGCUUUCGAUGAUCAAGAUAAUGGCCGCAGGAAACCGGGUAUAGGAGGAAGAGAGAAAUGGAACCAGGUAACCACCACGACCAAGAGGCCAGUAACCACCAGAGCUCCAGCAAAUACUUUAGGAAAUGAUUUUGACUUGGCUGAUGCCUUGGAUGAUCGAAAUGAUCGAGAUGAUGGCCGCAGGAAACCGAUUGCUGGAGGAGGAGGUUUUUCAGACAAGGAUCUUGAAGACAUAGUAGGGGGCGGAGAAUACAAACCUGACAAGGGUAAAGGUGAUGGCCGGUACGGCAGCAAUGACGACCCUGGAUCUGGCAUGGUGGCAGAGACCGGCACCAUUGCCGGGGUGGCCAGCGCCCUGGCCAUGGCCCUCAUUGGUGCCGUCUCCAGCUACAUCUCCUACCAGCAGAAGAAGUUCUGCUUCAGCAUUCAGCAGGGUCUCAACGCAGACUACGUGAAGGGAGAGAACCUGGAAGCCGUGGUGUGUGAGGAGCCCCAAGUGAAAUACUCCGCGUUGCACACGCAGUCUGCAGAGCCGCCGCCACCCGAAGCAGCCCGGAUCUGAGGGCCCUGUCCAGCUGUAGGCGUGCACAGUGGUGCCACCGCUUGUCACCCGGCUCCCCACUUCUCCCCACCCUUCAUUUGGACCCACAGCUGCUGUGCUGCUCUGUGUCAUCGGCUCCUUGUUGCUCUAAGUUUUCCGGAGGAGCUCUGGGUGUUUGGGAGUUUGGUUUCUCUGCCCUGCCACAGGUGCUCUGAGACUUGGUGCCGAAAUUCAAGAGCCAGCUCUGAUAGAAAGCCAGCACCAGCCUCGGGAACUGCUGAGCCACCAACUCCCAAAGCCAGCCUGCCUCCAGCUUUACUGAGCACAGGAUGUGGGGGCCAAGAGGAUGCUGGGGCUGGAUGACAUGUAUGCUUAGGGGACAAGAGUUUGAACCCAUGGGACUGUGACCCCUGCACACUGGAGUGGCUCAUUGUGGCAGGUUUCUGCCAAUAGCCCCUGACGGUGACCUCAAGGAGCUGCAGGUGGGGAGUUCAGCCUGCACCCACUUCACUUGGAGCCCCUGCAAGGAGCGAACCAGUCAGCACCAAGUAACACCACACACACGCAGUACCCAGGGUGAUGGUUUCACUUCGGUCUUCCCCAUCCCGGGUUUUAUGUUGCUGGGCUUCCAGAGAGCCGGUCCAAGUGGAGACUUUCAGUUAUUUAAGUGCAGACAUGUAUCUCAUGAUAGUCCUGCCCUGAGAGUUUAGAAAUCCUCUGGCUAAGUAUGAAGCAAUUCAUAGGCCUGUUUCCCAUCUGAUUCCACAGGGGACUGGAUGUGGCCUUAGGGUUGACAUGAUAAAGGUCUUUAGGAAUCAGUUCCGCGUUGGAGAUGGGUUUUAUCCCGUGUUGGGGAGACGUGCUCGCCCUCCACCCUGUAUCUGUUCCUAUUUGGUAGCAAGAGCUACCGAUGUCAAGAGCGAGCAUGAAAGCCAGAAUCAUGCUUGUUGUUUGCUUAACAAUGUAAUUGGGGGCGCCAGGGGAGGAGAGGGGAAAGGCAUGCUGGCUCGGUUUAGUGAAACACACGUGACUUUGUAGCUCUGUGGUCAGCCUGCUUGUCUGUUCUGAGGGAGAGUGUGUGGGAACCCAUGCUCACCGUGGCAAACACAGGAACCCCAUGACUAGCCCCUCACCUGGCAUGGAGCUGCCUGGUUUGGGCUGGAGCAGAGCUGGUUUCCUGGAAUGUUCCUUUGGCCCACAUGUGGUUCUGUCCCGGUGAGCUCUGUUGUCAGAGGCUCACGGGACAGAACCACAUGCUAGGGUCUAGGGCCCCUGUCUACUGAUAAUCAGUUUGCCAUGUCAGAAAGCACUUCUGAAAGCAGGUAUGAGUCACCGGACAGGCAGGAUCUUACAAAACUCACGGGCCUCUUUGGUGUGCAGGAUGGCCCCACGUGUUCCACAGGCUGUCCACUAAGCGGGAUUGUCUGCUGAGCGGGAUGAGCCAACUCCAGUUUCUUAAGGAAACCACUGGAAUCUGUAGCCCCCACAUGCAUCUGUCUAAUGCAUGCCUCGUGUCUGUUUUGCAAACAUGCCUGUAGUGGAGGGUAGUCAGUUGUAGCACUGUGUCUCAAGGCUGCCUCGUGAGGCCAUUCCCAGCGCAUGCCUGUGGGCUCCUUACCACCCCUUUUCCUGCUCAGCCCUUUAAUCCCUGACAGACCUGGGCUGUGUGGCUGAAGGGGGACCUGCAGCACUGCAGAAAUGUCUCUGCGUGGUGCCAUGAAGGAAAGAAACCUUGGCCUGGUCUCAAGAAGCUUCCAAUGCUUCAGGAAGUUAGUGAGGGUGGAGCGGCUUGCAGGAUUGGCCUGUUUCCAGGGCCUCCCACACUUAUUGGCCAGAUUGUGAAUUUUGUCAGGCUUGUCCCUCCCUGACACCGAGUACAUCAAGAGCUGAUGGCCCCACCCUCUGGCUGGUGCUGGGCUGGAGGUGGCUAUGGGGGAUUUUGGCAUGCAUGGCCUGUCGCCACCUGGACAGCGUGACCUCAGGGGUUGUCCACCUUACCUUUAUGGUGAGGCCUGUCGCCACCUGGACAGCGUGACCUCAGGGGUUGUCCACCUUACCUUUAUGGUGAGGCCUGUCGGAUGGCAAAGUCCUUGAAACCCUAGAGCUGUGAUGUAGAAUAUGUACUGUCUGUGAAACCAUGUUCGCAGGAGCACUGACUGCAGUUGAGAGAGACCCAUUUUGCUCUCCCUUACCCACCCGGGUGCUUUCUGCACAAAGCCUGGAGCCUGGCACUCAGGCCCACCGGUGGCGGCUCCUAGUGACUGGACAUGCCUGGAAGACCCCUCAGCCUUCUGUUUGCAGAACGUUCAUUUCAGGAGCUUCUCCGUCCCACGGACAUCUUACACUUGCUCGACACUGCCACGUGCAGAAGCCUCGCGGGCUCUAGUCACCAUGUGUCUAUCUGAAGCUUGAACUGGCCAGCAUGGGCCUGUCCCAGGUGAGAGGGGAGACACAGUGGACUGGAAGGACUGGUUGAAAGUGGCUCAUUUCUAUCAGCUUAAUUUGGCAGAGAAAAUUUGUAACAACUCUUGAGCGCAUGCUGGGUGAAGUCACAGCUCAAGGAAAGAUAAAGAUGGGCAGAAGGAGGUGUGGGUGGCUUCUGGGGUGGAACCCAGAGGGGAGGCUCUGGGACAGUGGCUGGGGUUCAGUGCCGGGGCCCUGAGGAAGAAAUGGAGACUGAUCUCCAAAUUCUAGAAUUCCCUGUACAUCUGUUCAUGUGCUUGUGUCCAGGUGCGAGUUGUAAACUGUCUCGUGUUUGCAUUAAAUAAAAUGGCACCAAGCAGA